GGCGGCUGCGUUGGCUUCUCGGGAUGAUCUCAUGCUCGGAGAGGCGGAUUGAGGUGUCUACUAUAUCGCCUGAAUCCAAAGAAAAUAACAAAAGAUUCGUUCGGGAAGCAGUGAAAGCAGUAAGACGAGCUGCGUCAUUUAGAUUAACUACACGCCCUGUGGGUAUUUAACAAGGAGAAACGGCUGGGGCUUUCGGCGCGAACUCCCCGGGGUCCAAAAGGCAUCCAUCGGAACCCCCGUCUCGCGGCCGCAGAAACAAAAUGGCUCCUGUGCUGGAAAAGAAGCUGUCGAGUGCCGCCGGUGCCGGAGACACCCUGGACACCACCGAGGACGAAGAAGGACAGGACCUGUGGUCUUCCAUCCUCAGUGAGGUGUCCACCAGGUCCAGGUCCAAACUGCCCUCGGGGAAGAACAUCCUGGUUUUUGGGGAACAUGGUUCAGGAAAGACAACCAUUAUGGCAAAACUCCAAGGAACAGAACACGUUAAAAAGGGGAAAGGACUCGAGUAUCUGUACCUCAGUGUCCACGAUGAAGACAGGGAUGAUCUGACACGGUGCAAUGUGUGGACUCUAGACGGCGACCUGUACCACAAAGGCCUGCUGAAGUUCGCUGUGUCAGCCUCUUCGCUCAGAGACUCCUUGGCCGUGCUGGUGGCUGACAUGUCGCGGCCAUGGAGCAUCAUGGAAUCUCUGCGCAAGUGGGCUAGCGUACUUCGUGACCACGUUGACAAGCUGUGCAUCCCGCCAGAGGAGAUGAGACACAUGGAGCACAAGAUUGUGAAAGACUUCCAGGAGUAUACAGAGCCUGAAGAUGACAUUCAGGGCUCUCCUCAAAAACGGGGGGGUGGGUCUGAGGAUGAGGGGGCGCUGCUGCCGCUCGGAGACAACGUGCUGACACACAACCUGGGCAUUCCGGUACUGGUGGUGUGUACAAAGUGCGAUGCCAUAAGCAUUCUGGAGAAGGAGCAUGAUUACAGAGAGGAGCACUUUGACUUCAUCCAGUCCCACAUCAGACGCUUCUGUCUACAGUAUGGUGCUGGGUUGAUUUAUACAUCAGCCAAAGAGGAGAAGAACCUGGACCUCCUGUACAAGUAUAUAGUGCACAAGCUGUAUGAGUUUGAGUUGAACACACCAGCCUUAGUGGUUGAGAAGGAUUCUGUGUUCAUUCCAGCAGGUUGGGACAACGACAAGAAGAUUGCCAUUUUGCAUGAGAAUUUCACAACCGUCAAAGUCGAGGACCUGUUUGAGGACUUCAUCGUGAAACCUCCAGUGAGAAAGCUGGUUGCUGAUAAGGAGGUGAUUGCGGAGGAUGAACAGGUGUUCCUCAUGAAGCAGCAGUCGUUAUUGGCGAAGCAGCCGGCUACUCCAACGAGAGCUACGGAGUCUCCAGCACGGACUGGAACCGGCUCUCCGCGACCCGCUGCCCGUCCUGGACAGGCCAACGUGGCUAGCGUCUCCCCCAUGACUGCGGUCAAGAAACCGGACCCCAACAUGAAAGGGGCAGCAGCAAACGAGGGAGUCCUGGCCAACUUCUUCAACAGCCUGCUGAGCAAGAAGACAGGCUCCCCAGGGAGCCCUGGUGCCGCAGUAGGAGGAGGAGGAGGUGGAGGAACCAUAGCGGGACCAGCUAAGAAAGCAGGGCAGAAGCGGGGUUUGACUGACACUGAGGCGAAGUUUGAUAGAAUGACCCAAAAACCGGACUUCAUGGCAACGGGCAACUCAUCACCAACAGAGAAUGAGCCAUGAACACACGGUGCACACCUCCGAGAUCAGCCACUGGACGCACCGACAAACAAAAAUCACGCGAGAGGAAAGGAUGAGUGAAAACCCAAAUGUAACCAACCCAAACGUAUGUCUGCCGCUCACACAGAUGUCGGUGUCUGUCUGAGGCAAACUGUCAGCUCCACUUUUUCCUUUGACUGGAAGGGCAAUGUUGAGCAGGAAGUUAGAGGAGGAAAAUGAAGACAUGGCUUGAUUCUUUUUUUUUUUUUCUUUUUUCCCCCCUUUUCUUAAGCAAAAAGCAUGCCAGAUUAUGUAAGAGACUCACUUCCUGGGAAGGGGCCAAACCCCCCUGGCUUCUGAGGUCCGGUUUAGCUUGGGAAUAUUUCCACCCUCCCUCUUUGUCGUUCGUAACGGUAAAGUGGUAGCUGCUUUUUUUUUUUUUUUUUUUUUUCCCCCCCCCUUUCUUUCUUCCCUUCAGAUCUAAAGGAGGGAGAACAAAUGCAGACAGAUUGCAUUCAAACCCUGAAAUAUGGCACAAAUAUAGAAGUAUGAAGUAAAUGCAGUUCAAAGCACCUAAACUCUUUAUAUACAACUGUUUAUUUUUCUUCACUAAACUGUUCUUGGAUUUUUGCUGCUGUAUAAUUCAUGUUAAACUCCAUUUAUGUCAUAACACUAAUGUGAUGAACUUUGGUUAAAUGGCUUGUAAGUAUACGGUGUGCCUAAAACUGACAAAUAAGUAGCAGAUUUGAACAAUUUAAAGCAUAUUUGUAAAUAACACCAAAAUAUUACAAUGCAAGUGCUUGCUUUCUUGUAUAGAAUGUAGUUGUUUCGGUAAUUUUUGGAAGAAGAAGUGAAAUUUGAGGUAGAAAAGUUUAAAACUGAAGUUUGUUAGUAGCAGUAGGCUGCUUUUUUGCAGAGGGGUUAGGAGGGGCUGGUGGGAGAGGGAAUAUCUUGUUUUACUGCUAUAACUCCAAGUGCCUGUCUCAGUGUACUGUCAGAAUUCAGAGAAGUACCGCAUUGAAUGCACUGCAUUUCAGUUCUACACAUUGUCUUGGUUUCACAUUUAAUAUAUUUUUAUUUAAUAUUGUUUUUUAAAACUAAAAUAAUGCAGAUUUAGCAUAUUUUUCAUAUGGUUCUAAUGCAAUUCCACUCAUUUCUGUGGCCUAGAUUCAGUUGCUUGACUGAGCAGUGGGCAGUUGGCCUUUUUCCUAAGUAGUGAGGGGGAAAAAAAAGCUUUUUAAUAUGCGUUCAUAUAUCAGACUUAUUUCUCCGAUCAUCCAUGUCCUGGUAAAGGACACAGCUUUUGUCUGUGGUAAUAUCCUAAAGGAGCGGUGAAUACUUGAAGGAAGUGAAUUUACAAAAUGUAAUAGUAUAUUUGUUAGACAGUUGUGUUCCUGUUACAGUAACAGUGAUCCUCUGUGGUGUUUAGUAUUAAACAUUCCCUUGUAUAUAAGGCACUUAAGCAAUCUGGCCUUUCCGUAACUAAAAUGUUUAUUCUGACAACAAGGUUUGAUGGAUAAGGAUGAGAUCUGUUUACUGCACUGUGCUUUAGAUGGCUCUUCCUUCCCUUUACUCACCCAUUUAGUCUGAAAGCUGGCAGCCUCGACUGACUUUGGAGUCUGUAGCUGGACAGUAUUUGUGUCUUAAUAUCCUCAGAUGCCACUGUUAUUUGUACACUUUAUGUAAAAUAUGAGGACCUGCUGAAUUUUUUUUUUUUUUUUUUUUGGAUGUACAGAUUUGUUCACUGAUACUUGCAGACUUGUAGUGAGUGUCUUCUGUUCUUGGGAGCUCAGUUGGAGAUUCGGCUGCUGCCGGAUUUGCCUGGUUUCCCGAAAUGUUGCAGGGUUUUGAAAAAGCUGCCAAGUGCUUCUUAAAAAAGAAAGAUGCGGAGAAGGAAAAUGCAGCGAACUGGGAUGUGGAACCAAAGAGGCAGAACCGUUUUCUGUCCACUGACCCCUCUACCAUUUGGGCAGAGAAUUCGUCAUCUGCCUGAAUCAACGGCAGCCAUCAUGCAGGCUGAACAGCAAUUAGAGCACUGAGCUCUAGUCCCAGAAUGACUCCAUUACAUGUCAGUCUGCUCUUUAAGGGAAAACUGCAGGAUCCUAAGUUUGUCCCAUAAAAAUAUUUGCUGUACAAAAAGAAAUGUCUGGAUCUGCAAGUGUAGAGAAGUUGCACUUACCUCUGACACUCAGUAUAACUUGCGCAAAAUGUCUCAUCUGACAGCGUUUGAUUUAUUCUGAUCUAUUUAUUGCCACAGGGGGGAAAAAAAAAAUCGAAGAGCUAGGAGCAUGCUCAGAUUUUGAAGGAUAAUGUUUAUUUUGAAUUUGCAUUCCUAUAAAGCAUUGUUUUACACAACUUUAACUACUGUACAGGUAAUAGAUAUAAUUGUAUCUUCUCCUAUCCCACUAUACUCUUAGGGUUAUUUGAAACUGUUUAUAUUCUUCUAGCUUUUCAGCUUCUUUUGUUGUGUUUUCUUUUUUUGUCACCACUUCAUGCCACUGCCUGACUACCACUGAGUGAACUGCACAACUCUGCACCGCUUUGCCUGCUGUAAAAAGACGCUGUGCCUCAAAACCUCUCUUCUAAUAAUGGGACGUCUUUAGAUCCAACAUGGCAACCAUGUGAUAUGUUCAAGGGCACCGUUGUAAGCAUCUCUUUUAACUGCAGCCCGAUGUCACGGUGCAAAGUGCAGGACCUAGAUGGAUCUGACCAGCGUAGAAGUUUAACUGGCAAGAGGUAAAAAGACUUGUGGUGCUGCUCAGACCAAUUUGCACUUUUUAGUUCUGAUAUGAUGCCGUUCUGAUAAAAUGUUUACCUUAUUGCCAUUGGCUGCACUCUGCCAUUUAAGCUUAAAGAGAUGCAUUUAGUCUUAUAGACACAGGAGAAAAAUACUUAUGCGGGAUUUAAUGGUUUUUAUUUUGUGCUCUGGGGUCACGGACUCGUCCUCGACAUACCUGUGGGCUCCGACGGUGACGCUGUGCUCCUAUGCAAUACUGCAGCUGUGACAUGAUGCUCUUAGUGCUGGUCAGUGAUAAGGAAACCUGUCUUAUCAGUCUUGGCUUCAAUAAAAAUGAGUCCAGACC